AAUUACAUGCCCAGAUGUUUCUUUUUCGACAUCUCACUCUUCAGUAUUGAUUGAUGCAGCUUUGCAGAAGAUGAGUUGAGAAAGGAGGUGUGAAUAAAAGGUAAUAAAGAAUGAUUUAGUCACCUGCAAGAUGAAAAUGAAAAACACCUAAGUUCCCACCACUUACAGUACUCAUGUUGUGGUAGUGCUUGUAUUGUCAGACACCAGAAUCAUGUCUGGAUGAUUACGUUAACAUUUUGCUUUAACAAUGAUGUCAUUGAUGUGAUGUGAUGGAAAAUGUAACUUAGGAGAGUACCUGAAGUUUUCAACAAGUUAAUAUUUCUUCAGUGUUGGGCUCUAGUAUGAAAAGUUCUAUUUCAGCAAAAAAAUAAGCAUCUUCCUUCAUCGUCCCAGAAAGAUUACACUGGAAGGUGAGAAGUGAAAUCAGAGCAGAGGAUGACUCAGUAUAACCACUCAGCAGAGCUCUCUCUCCAGAGCUCAGCAAAUAAGUCAUUAAAUUUCACUGAAGCGCCACUGGCUUUGGAUGAAAGGACACUAUUAGGGCUGAAGAUUUCCUUGUCAGUCCUUCUGUCUGUUCUAACUUUGGCAACGGUCCUUGCAAAUGUUUUUGUUGUUAUUACCAUUUUUGUGACUCGAAAGCUCCACACACCUGCGAAUUACCUCAUUGGCUCCUUGGCAGUGACUGAUCUUUUAGUGUCUGUCCUAGUAAUGCCCAUCAGUAUUGCUUACACUGUCACCCACACAUGGGCCUUUGGCCAAGUGCUGUGUGAUAUCUGGUUAUCGUCAGACAUCACAUGCUGCACAGCCUCAAUCCUACACCUCUGUGUCAUUGCACUCGACAGAUAUUGGGCUAUCACAGAUGCUUUGGAAUAUGCCAAACGCCGGACGACUGGCCGAGCAGCGCUCAUGAUUGCUGUGGUCUGGAUGAUCUCUAUUAGCAUUUCUGUGCCACCAUUUUUCUGGAGGCAAGUGAAAGCUCCUGAAGAAAUUGCAAAGUGUAGUGUGAACACAGAUCAAAUUUCCUACACAAUUUAUUCCACUUGUGGAGCUUUUUACAUCCCAACUGUGCUCCUCCUCAUCUUGUACGGGAGAAUCUAUAUAGCGGCUCGAUCCAGGAUCCUGAGGCCACCCUCAUUAUAUGGGAAACGUUUUACUACAGCACACCUGAUUACUGGCUCUGCUGGGUCUUCCCUCUGCUCCAUUAAUGCUAGUCUUCAUGAAGGGCAUUCCCAUUCAGGUGGAUCCCCAAUAUUUAUCAAUAAUGUUAAAAUAAAGCUUGCAGAUAGUGUCCUGGAAAGGAAGAGAAUUUCUGCUGCAAGAGAAAGGAAAGCCACCAAAACUUUAGGCAUUAUUCUGGGAGCUUUCAUUUUCUGCUGGCUUCCUUUUUUUGUCAUGUCACUAGUCCUGCCAAUCUGCCAAGAUGCUUGUUGGUUUCAUCCCAUCCUCCUGGACUUCUUUACAUGGUUAGGUUAUUUAAACUCACUGAUCAAUCCAGUCAUUUAUACAGCUUUUAAUGAAGAAUUUAAACAGGCUUUCCAAAAACUAAUACAUUUCAAGAAGUGUUCAUCUUGAGCCUCUCUUGUCGUGUUACUGACCCUUGUGCAACCUUGCAACCUACCUGGAACCUUCCUGUGCUUUUAUUCCUGAGGCAGAGAGUCAUAAUUGCCAUCUCUGCUGCUACCCUGCGCUGUGCAUUUAACUGGGAACUUCCUGCCAAUUUGGUACUUUCUGUCUGGAACUCUCUAUCCCAUAACAGAACGUGUCUGUGGUCUCUGCAGUGAUCAUCUGUGUAUAUAAGAUCAACACAUGAAGUAAGCUUUGCAACAAGUGAUGGAGAGUGAACCAGAGAGCUGAGUUUGUGUGACGAAAUGACACGUUAUCCAAUUCUGCCACGCCUUUGUACCCUGAUGGGAGGAAAAUGUGUGUAUAGUUCCAGGACAGUAUUCCUGCUGUAUUUUAUUAACAAUUUACGUAGGCUGAGAAAGCAUCUGGAGAGCAGGCUCUGAUGUCUGCGUUUCCCAUGGCAUGUACCCUAGCCAUUUGCAACUGAUCAGACCUGUAACUUGGUGUGAUACAGCCUGGCUGUAAGCAGCAGAGCAUAGAAGGCAUGGCAUGUGCGUAAGUUCUGUGGGUAUUUGACAAAUACUGCAUUUUAAGCUCUGCUUUUGGUGAACUGUAGAAAGAAGGUUCAUUUAUCUGAAAUAAUUUUGACACCUUUUAUCAUUAAUAAAAGAGCCAGUGCAGAAACACUACAAAAUAAAUAGCAUGAAAAUUAUGGAAAAGUAUUUCAAUCUUGUAUUUCUGUUACUUAACUUUUUUGCAUGCACAAACUGAAACAGGAAAAUAUAUAGUUAGUGCCAAUGUGGAAUAACUGGGACCUAAAAAAGAGUCGGAAGGUUCACUCCUUGGUGACAAGAAAUGGAGAGGUAGAGACGCGAGAAUUAAGCGACAUGUCCAGGUCCGCCACAGCUCGUCAGCCUCUCAUUUGUGUUUGUUGCACAGUCUUGCAGCUUCCUCCUGUUGCUGGUGCCUCUGCUGAGGACUGGACCAUGAAGUGCGUGCCCCAGGAACACCCACAUGCUGCAGAAUCAGGCAGAGCAGUUGUGUAAAAGUCCCAGGAUUGUAGUCCUCUCUCUCACAGUACACGCUGAGGGCAGUUGAAGCUGCCCUGUUUGGGACACAGCUGCU